CAUAAUAACACAGUUUUUUACAUAAUUUAAAAUGAUACGUGAAAAUGUAGUCUGAUGUAUGUGUCAUAUGAGAAAAGGAUAAACAACUGCUAAAAUACAGCCUUGACAUGAAAGUAAGCCAUCCAUCAUACGGAUGCAAACAUUUGUUAGUGCAUUUAAGAUAUUAUUAUCGAGAGAAUUGUAAGUUUAACUUAUAUUGGUUUACCAUUAAAUUAUUUUUGCAUGGAUUAUACCAUUAUGACGCUUCUUUUACUACAGUCGAACUCCGUUGGCUCGAAAUCGCUCGAAUCGAAUUCCUCGUUGGCUCGAAAUGAAUGUUAAAGACCGAUAUAUUAACGUAAGGUUUCUCGCUUGACUCGAAUUUUUCGAUGCUCGAGGUAUUUUCGCCUGUCCCUGGGAGUUCGGGACAACGGGGUUCAACUAUAUAUCAUAUAUUAAAGUGAAAGAUUCAAACACAACUUUACUAUAAUUAUUCAUUAUAUACAUAUACAUUAUAACAUAUACAUAUGUCAGUGGAUUAUAUAACAAUUGUAUUAGUUUGUUUCUUAAAUAACAUAAUGUCUACAUACAAAAGCUCUUUGUGAAACUUUAAAAUUAUUCAGACUUAAGUUUUUGUAACUUUUGUAUUUAUGAUUUAUGGUUUACUGUAACUUGAAACUUGUUAUUCUCAUCAUAAUCAAAACGGAAGAAGAAUACAGACUUAAGGUUUAUGGAAAAGACGGAUUAUCGUUGAAGACGCUGUUUGAAUCAGAAGUAUGACAGAGAAGGGGAGACCCGAGAAGCAUAACUGCCUUCUGGUGGCGGCCUUUGAUUUUGGCACCACAUACAGCGGAUACGCUUUCUCCUUCCGAGACAACCCCACCAAUAUUCAUGUGAACAGUUGUUGGACGUCAGGUUUUUCUCAACUAAUGUCCCUGAAGACUUCAACUAGCGUUCUCCUCAAUUCAGCCGGGGAGUUCCACAGUUUCGGGUUUGAAGCGGAAGAGGCGUACGCCGACCUGGCGGAAGACGGGGAGCAUGGCGGCUGGAGGCUCUUUCGGCGCUUCAAAAUGAUGCUGCACAAUAACACGCCCAGAGCCAGCGUUACCAAUCUUCACGCACGCGAUACACUACCUUCCUCAGCACGUGGUAGACUUAUCAACAAAAGUUCAGUGGGCGUGACCGAGGCUGACGUGUUUUACGUCAUUACCGUUCCCGCCAUUUGGGACGUGCGUGCCCAACAGUUCAUGCGGAAAGCCGCUGAAGAGGCGGGAAUACCGGCUGCCCAAUUGAAGCUCGUGUUGGAACCGGAAGUAGCCUCGAUCUGGUGCGAGGGGGAAUUGGAGGCAGCAUACAUGGUGGUUGACAUUGGAGGCGGCACUGUGGAUGUAUCGGUGCACGAGCGCAACGAUAACGGAACUUUUAAGGAGAUACACCAGGCUAGUGGAGGAGCCUGGGGCGGCACGGAGGUCGAUAAACUGUUUCUUCAAACAUUGGCUGAUAUCUUCGGCGAAGAAACUAUGAAAAGACUUAGGGAAGAGAUGAUGAUGGAUUUCCUUGCAAUCCUCGCGGAUUUUGAAAUAAAGAAAAGGAGCCAUGAUAUGCGUACGCGAGGGUUGACAAUGAUUAAAAUACCCGCAUCACUGAAGGAAUUCUGUGAGGAAGUGAAAGGAAAGAAAAUGGCCGAUGUUGUAAAGGAUUCCGUGUAUGGGGAGAGUGUGGUGUAUAAAGCUCCAGACAAAUUGCGUGUUCCAUGGGAUAUCGUGAAGACCUGGUUUGACAAGUCAGUGAACAACACAAUACAUCAUGUUAAGCACCUGCUGGAAGAACCUAACACACGCGGAGUGGAGACAAUAAUUCUUGUCGGUGGAUUUGCUGAGAGCACGUAUGUUCAGGAGAGGUUUCGUGAGGCGCUGGGAGAUAAACACAUUAUUAUCCCUAGUGAGCCGGGCCUCGCUGUACUGAAGGGGGCGGUGAAGUUUGGACACAACCCUGCUGUAGUGGCGUCGCGGAUCAUGGAUUAUACAUACGGGGUAAGAGGAGAUUUGGCAUUUGAUCCUAAAAAGCACAAGGAAGAAUAUAAGAUAGUGAACAAAAACGGGAGAGUAAUGGCAAAGAACUGCUUCGUCAAAUUCUGUUCUAUCAAUCAAGAAAUUGUGUAUGAUGAAACAUUCAAACACACAAGUAAACGCUUGUCAGGCAGCAAAAAAUCUUCCAAAUUGUUGAUCUACCGAUCACGUGAUUCGUCCCCUGUCACAGUGUCUGACUCUGCAUGCGAGAAGAUUGGUCACCUGACAAUCAGCUACAGCGAGGAAGAUAUUGAGGAUGAUGAUUUCAAGAUAGAAACUUCAUUGACUUUCGGGGAUACGGAGCUGUGGGUCAAGCGAAAGAUGCUGAAAUCUGGGAAAGAAGUUGAUUUGAUAAUUGACUGUCUGGAUCAUGCAUAGACAAUGGGUGUUUCUUUUUCCAGCGGUUUCCUGUAGCAGAGCAUCCCCGUGUUAAAGUUGAUUGUGGAUGGACUGUAUACCAAUGUUUAAUCUAGAAAUGUAUACGACUUAUAAAAAAUCAGAGGUUUGUGCCCUGCCUUAUGCAUUUUAGCUUGCCUUUCAUUUCAACAACAUUUUAAUUGAAUAACUAUUGAUAUAACCAUUAAGCACCCGUAUUUCCAAAUUAUUUUUGUUUACGUUAUAUAUAUAUAUUUGUAUGAUGAGAUGCUUUGUUGUGUAAGUUAAAAUAAUCUACUAUUUAACCCUGUUUCUUCCUACGCAGUUCUAUUAUAUAUUUUCAUUUUAUUAUUAUCAAAAUAUUGCUUUAUUGGAACGUUCACCAUAUUUUAAAAUCGUAAUCGUUAUUAAAAUUGACAGCCUUGUUACGAUGAUCACAAGUAAAGAAUUUUGUUUACGUUGUAUAUACUUGCAUGAGACUCUAUGUUGCUCCUGCUGUGUUCUGUUUCUAUCACACAUAUUAAAUAUCAUACAUUAGUAUGCCAUUUUUUAGUGUCAUUUAUACCAUGAUCCUUUUAGAACCAUGCAUUCCUACAUGAUUAUGAUUAUUUGUUUAUUGGGGGUAGCGACAUGGGAGAUCACAGCGUUUCUGAGAAUACUAAAUAACUGGCUAUCCUUCAUUGGUAGCUUAUCCCACGGAGUUCGCUGUACCAGAAGCAAAUAUGAUUACUGGCCCAUGUUUUUUGUUGGAAACUAGUGAUCGAGAUAAAUUGUUACAAAUAUCAGCGCUAAUAGUUGAAGACUUAAUAUGCCAUUUUCCCAGCCUCCCAGGUCAUGGGAAGGCUGAUAUUUAAUAAAACCAAUUCAAUUAGAUACUCGGGGGUCGAUUUCAUCAGACCAGAAAUAGAUUUGAAAUUAGAUAAAUGCACCGUAGCUUAUUUUCUGAAUUCUGUACCAGUACAAAGACUGCCCAUUCCCUAAUUAAUUAAACUCUGAUUAAUUAUACAGCGCUCUUUCUAAUAUCUUCCAAAUUAUCAUUCUCUGUCGAACCUUGCUUAUUUCACUCUUUUCCUUUGCUCAGAUAAGUUGUAUUGUGUUUUCUGUUAUGACAUAGGAUUAUUUUCGACCAGACUUAUUCUUGACCAAAAAUGGACGUACACAAUGGUUCAGUGGUGGCUAUUCCAUUCUGGUAGGUACGUCAAAUUGAAUCCCUUGUAAAUGCUUAAUUUUCUUAAAUUGAUUCACUGAUUUUAACAUCUACAGUGUAGUAGGCGUCAGAGAUUUAAAGUGAAAUAUCAGGUUUUAUUUUCAUAGUUCACAAGGCCUUCGCAAUGAUGAAAGAAACAUUGAAACAGUACGCAUAAUUUAAUAAUUAAAAUCAAAAUGUGGUUGUACAAAUUGAGGUCAUAUGUCAGUCGUACCUUACAAAUGAUAACAGGCACUGCUAUCUGAGGUCAAAAUGCAUUCAAUUUUUACUUCCCGCUCCAUUAAUUUUGUUUAUUCUUAAUGUAUAUAUUUUAAUUCCGAAUUUGACUAAACAGCCGUUUUUUACCAAAAUAUAUUAUAAUUAUAUCUAAGAGUUUUCUCUUAGAUUUCUGAUGUGGUAUUAAGCCGUCUUAUUAUCUUGUGCACUGUUUUCUUAUCAUAUUUUAUUCAUAUGUGCUUGUUAAUGGCUUCUGAGAUAAUUUUAAUUUAAUUUUAAAUAAAAAGAAUGAUUAUAACCGGAAA